UUUGAGUCAGUUUGGACGUAGCAAACGCACCAUGAGGGCGUUCAUGCGCUUGGGGUUCGUGUUUAUUUUUGUUUUCGGUUGGUCGACAGGAGCAGAGAUACUCGCAAUUCUCCCGUUCCGUGGAAAGAGCCAUUUUUUGGUUUUUGAGCCGUUGCUGGAUCAAUUGUCGAGAAGAGGUCAUCAUGUGACAGUCGCCAGUUAUUUCCCGAAGGCAGAACCUUUUCCCAACUACACGGAUGUGUCUUUUGUCGACGAGAAAGAUCACCGACCAGUGAAGGGUUUCUACGAUUUCAAAUCUUUCGAAUCCUUAAAGCCGUCUGUGAUGAACAACAUGCGACUUAUAUAUGGUUUGGAAGCCGAGUACGACCGGCUUUUCACCCUUCCGGAGUUCAUGGAUCUUCAGCGUAGAAAAUUCGACUUGGUGAUCACAGAAUACUUCAGUUCGGAUGUGCAUUUCGGCCUUGUAUAUAAAAUCGGCGCCCCUUACAUUCUUUUGAGCACGUGCCAGCAUUUUCCGUGGCAGUCGUACGCAGCCGGCGACUCGAUCGACCCGUCGUACAUCAGCCACCCAUUCUCGGCCCAUCCGGUUAAAAAGAACUUCCUGGAAAGGCUGCAGAAUACGGUGGAAGUGUUUGGGACCGUGGCCGUCUACGACCAGCUGUUUCGCAGAAAUGAGCAGAUACUGGCCGAAAAGUACCUGGGUCCUUUGCCGAAGUUGAGGGACAUCGCCAACAACGCCUCCGUCUACAUGAUCCACUCGCAUUUCUCAAUCCACGGGCUUAAACCGACUAUGCCCAACUCGGUGCAGAUCGGGGGGAUAACCGUCAAACCCCCUAAACCCCUGCCGCAGAAACUCCAAAAAGUCCUGGACGAAUCGAAAGGUGUCAUUUAUUUCAGUAUGGGAUCAGUGCUGAAAGGGGAUUCGAUGAGUAUGAACAAACAGAAAGCGUUCAUAAAAGUCUUCUCCGAGCUGAAGCAGACAGUGCUUUGGAAGAGGGAGACACCUCUGGAGGAGAAGGUCAACAACAUUGUCACAAACGGUUGGUUCCCUCAAAGAGACAUCUUAGCACAUCCCAAAGUUCAGCUGUUUAUCUCUCAUGGCGGUUUGCUGAGUACAAACGAGGCUGUGACUUCUGGCGUGCCGAUGGUUGUUGUACCCAUGUUCGGCGACCAGCACCACAACGCCAAGGCCCUUGAAUCCAUCGGGUUCGCGGUCAGCGUGGAUUUCAACAGCCUGACAGAGGACGACCUACGUCAAGCGGUCAACAAAGUCCUUAACGACCCUUCGUAUAAAGAGAACGCCAGGAAGACUAAAGAAGCGUUCUUGGAUAGGCCAAUGUCUCCCUUAGACACGGCCGUCUACUGGGUUGAGUAUGUCAUCAGGCAUAAAGGGGCACCCCAUCUGCGAAGUGCAGCACGAGACAUGACCUGGUACCAGUACCAUAAUCUGGACGUUUACGCCUCGUUGGCUCUAAUGGCAUACUUUGCCUAUUUAAUCGUGAAAAAUAUCUUAAAGUUCCUACUUGGACUCUGUUGUGGAAGAGUGAAUAAACACAAAACAGAAUAAUAUUUA